AUGUGGUGCGAGGUGUCGCGUCUGUGAGCGGUGGCUGGUAGUAACGGUUCUGUGGUGGAGGCGCGGUGCGUGACUCAUCUCUCGUUCAUUGAGCGGUGGUCCAUUGAGCCGCGCUUGCGCUCAUUACCGCUCCGCCGGCCGGCCCUGCGCACACGCAAACAGCGCGCCGCUCGCGGACCGACUACACCGACGCACUGCCUACGACAUGUUGGCUCCCAUCUCUAGAUACGACAUGGAGAACUUAUCGAAAUCGCAUAUCUGGCUCGCGGCCGCAGCCAUCCUGGCGACGUGCGGGGUGUGCGCCGGCGCUGGCGUCGGCAACAGGAAGCCGUUCACGCCGACCGACUCGAUCCUGGACAUCAUUGAUACUGAACAAGUGCAGAGGUUCCUCGCGGAGAGACAGCGAGCGGAGCAGGCCACUGCAUCCUCUUCUACGUCUUUUGUGCAAAGAAACGAACUCGGAGAUGGCAGUUCUGAGACGGGUAUGGUGGUAUCCUUGCCUGAGCAAGAAGAUACUACGGAAUUGCCCCCGGGAGUCGAAUUCAGGAAAAUAUUGAAAUCAUCAAAGAACGCUUUGGUCGUUACUAAGAAAGAUUAUCUCAAGGAAGAUUGGUGUAAAACCGAGCCUUUGGUUCAGAAAAUCCGAGAACCGGGUUGUCUGCCCACAACAGUGAUAAACAAAUUCUGCUACGGACAGUGCAACUCGUUUUACAUACCGAAGGGCCCGCGGCGACGCGACAACAACGCUGACCGGCCGCAGCCAGCCUUCAAAUCUUGUUCGUUUUGUAGGCCUAAGAAGUUUACUUGGGUGACAGUGACUCUGCGUUGUCCCGGUCAGAACCCGCCAUUUAGACGCAAGCGGUUACAGAAGGUCAAACAGUGCAAGUGUUUACCUGUCGGAGUGAAUUGACGUUAGUAGUGAGACGGACCCUGCAGUAACAGAGGCGGUUCGACCGCCAGCUUGCGACGCACUAGUGCGCACGGGACGCCUGGCUGUCCAGGGUGACGGCGGACGGAGCACCGGCAGGCUCGGAUGCUCCACAUCGUACAUCGUUACCGUUGAUUGUUUCGAUCACGUUCCAGUGUAUAGACUGUGUAUGAACUGGUCAAAUAAAUUGAGAUGCCGUGCUCUCAUACGUCAAUGCGGAUGACGUAAUGUGAUGCAUAGAUUAGAUGCCUAUUUAGAGUUACAUUGUAAUAGAGCGGCUUCGACUGCAAGUCGUCGAGCAAAAGCUUUAAUUGUUCGUAGCGAAACUAAUUAGCUAGUGUGUUAGAAUAGCGGUGGCCUUCCAAUCGAUUAAGGAUUUGUUUUGGUACAAACUUGUGAAUUAUUUCCGUUUAUUGAAAAGUGAUUAUUCUGUGUCUAAGUUGUGUUAUUUAUGUCGGCAGAAUAAUGUGUGAUACUAGUUUAUAGUUUGACAGUUAAUUGUGUUUCUUUGCGCGUUUCGGUGAGUCACGGAAUUGUAACGAGAUUUAGGAGUAGCGACUUAAUCCGCGUUACAUUGACGUGUGUUAUUUAUUUAUUGUGUAACGUUAUAAGUAAUGUAUUGUAGCUAAAACAGAAUACGCUUAUAAGUUGAUAAUUUACUGUUAAUCGUAGUUUCAUCUUGUUAUCUCGCAAUAAAUAUGAGUAGGUAGUGGUAUACGAUAUGUAUUUAAAUAUAUUUCAAUGCAGUAUGAAGUAACGUUAGGUUUUAUGAUAAUUCGAAACAAAAUUAUGAUCUCUGUUUGCUCUCAAGAAGUUAUGCAUUUGUUUCUAUGUAUAUCUGUUAACAUAAUAUAUACAUUUACAUGAUCUGGGACUAUGUAUUCGUGUACCCACGUAAUGCAGGAUAUUAUCAUUAUGUACUUACUAUCUUAGAUGUUGUAAUAUUACGUAGAGGUUAAUAAGCCGAGUAUUUAUAACUAAACAUGUCACGUACUAUAGUUAUCUAGUAUUGUUGAAGUUGCAGAAAUAAACUUUAAUGUUGCGAGCAGUAUUCUGGUAAAUAUUUUGAUAUUUAGUAACGUGUUUGUAUUUGUUAGCGCUAUUGUAUUUUUUUAACAAAAAUAUUCCUUUAGUGAUGUUGUAUACAAUUUACUUAUACAUUUAUUAUACGAAAGCCGUCAAUAUAUACAAAUUUAGUUACAAAUACGUUACUAAACAUUAAAAUAUUUGUCCUAAAUUAGUUUUUCAGUAACAAUUUGUAUACAUAAAUUCAAGUAGAAUUUUAGAAGUUGGUUGUAGAAAAUCUUGCCAUUACAUUUCAUUGUUCUACACGUUUUAUUAAAAAGAAAACGUAUUUGAGCAUUUAUUUAAUACCUAAGUGAAUCUUGUGACGAAUUGAUUAUGUCUAAUUGGCUGUAUAUUCUAUAAAUAAUAAGCAACAGAAUGUUUUAAUUGGUAUUUUAUAAAAAUUGUGACACUACGGUACACCAAUUAGUCACAAUGCCGUGUAAUUAUAAAACUAUAAUCUCUAUGAAAAAUAUCUUCUAUCUUUAACACUUUAUAAUAGAAGUAACUUCCUUACUAUCGAUACAUUGCAUACUCGUGCUGCGCAUCUUCCUCGCAUAGCUACAUAGCUUAGUAUCAGUGGAAACGGUCACGUUAUUUCGUAGCUUAGCUAUUACAUUUUCCUAACAUAGCUAUAUAGCACAUUUCUGGUAAAAAAGCACUCUUAAUCACCAUGGCGGCAAAAGUGACCGGCGCUAGAGUAGGAUUUGCUUUCAACAUAAUUUUUUUUUUUGGUAGUCAAAGUCUUAAUUUAUUUUUUUGACGAUAAACUACAUUGAAAACGAAAUGACAAUAAUUUUCUUCAUAUUGUGAACACGUCAUUUAAUUUUGAAACUGUUGCGAGUAUGUUAAAUUAAAUUAUUACAAUAAAGUCGCAUAAUACCUAUGUAAAAUUGAAUAUAAUGGAUUGUAAAAUCAUUUGACUGUUCAAUAUAUAUGUAAUUAUUUAUUUCUGUAUAUAAUUUUGAUUUAUAUUCUCUCAUUUAAUUAUCCUGUCUCUAUAAUAUAUGUACUUAGUUACCUCCAUCUUUGUUUAAUAAAUAAACAAAAUCAUUAAUCUUGUUUAAAGAAAAAAAUAUAUCUUGCUAAAUACAUAACAAUUCUGUUUAUUUCUUAAUAAUAGUUCAAGCAAUUGUCGACCAUAUUUCAUAAUGUUUAGAGAUUAUAAUUGCAGAUUAUUUAGUUGUCAUCUGAUUGCAUUACACGGCUGUAGAUUCAUUAUUAUUUGCUAACAAAACGAUGUUGACUUAUUUUUAUUAUUUAGAACAUAAUAUAAAGGUUUAGUCGACGUUAUCUACAUAUUGUCAAAUAAUUCCUUUUUACAGAAAUAAACAAUAGUACGUUUGAAA